GGCGUAUCUCGUAACAUGUCGACUGUCCUUCCCCCCAUCGGCUGUGUUGUCCACAGCCAUGAUUGGUGAAGGCUCGUCUUCGUCCUCCCCUUCUGAUACAGAGGCUUUGGAGGCCACAGCCUCUUAUCUCGCACUGAUCGCCAGUUUUGCCCUCCAGGACAUCGACGAUGUCUCUGCGACACGAAAAGGAAAGCGAAGCGCCCAAGCUCCCAAGAGCGACGAGGAGCUUGCAUUCGAGCUGUUCGCCGAGGAGGCGCAUUCCUUGCUGUCCCUCACUCAGGACAUGACAUUUGCUCAAAGCCUGGACGAUGCCUUGCGAGCGGACCAUGACAUCCUUCAAGAAGUGCUACAGGAGGAUGAAGUCGCCCGCUCCGACAGGGAGUAUGCGUCGGCCUUACAGGAAGGAAGGACCCCUGCAACCACGUCCGCGUCAAGCUUCACUCAGGCUGCUGCCUCGUAUAAACCAUCAUUGACCAAUAAUACGGCAUCACUGACCGUUUCUCUCGGUAAAAAUUCAGUAGAUACACGCAGUUCAUCAAUGACGACUCUGACACCUGCAACCGCUUCAUCGAGCAGGACACAGUUUCAGUCAGUGUACAAAGCAUACUCAGACAAGCGCAAGAAGGAGAUGUGUGUGUUUUGCCGGGAGAACAUCGGUGGUCAUCAAAUUCAGGCACCUUGUGGGCAUUUCUGGGAUGCGGACUGCCUCGCAGACCUCUUCCGCGCCUCGACCACAGACGAGUCGCUUUUCCCUCCACGGUGUUGCCAGCAGCCGUUCGUCCUCAAGGAGGUGGAGCGACAUCUCAUGCCCGAGCUGCUGGCGAGUUUCAACGCGAUCUCCCUCGAGUUCCGCACUGCGGACAGGGUGUAUUGCCACCGUCCAACAUGUUCGGCAUUCAUCGGGCCCGCUACCGAGUCUUCGUCAGCCCAGGACUGCCCGAAGUGUCUCGCACAGACGUGCGGUCAUUGCAAGGAGCGGGCUCAUUCCGGAAGCCCCUGCAUCACGGACGACGCACCCAUCCUUGCGUUGGCAGAACAAAAUGGAUGGGCGCGUUGCCCCGGGUGCAAGCAUAUUGUGGAACUCGCAAUGGGGUGCUACCACAUGACUUGUCGGUGUGGGAAGCAGUUCUGCUACAUCUGUGUAGAGACCUGGAAAAACUGUCUCUGCCCUCAGUGGGAUGAGCCGAGAUUGCUGAUCACCGCACAGGACCGCGUGCAAAGAGAACUCCCGGCUGGUCCUCCUCCUGCUGCACCCCUAUUGCAGGAGAUGGUCCGACGGGCAGCAGACAGAUUGCGUGUUGACCACGAUUGCCAACAUAUGUGGAGAUACCGUCCAGGCGGCGGGCGAUGCGAACAGUGCUCUUACUAUCUGCCUGUAUUUCUCCUCGUACGUGUAUCAAUUCGUUACAACGGACUCCUGCUAAUGAUGAUUGAUGACAGAGUUGCACAUAUUGCCGUAUGAACGUAUGCGUCCGAUGCAGACGAAAUAGGCUGUAGACGUUGUUCCGAAGCACGGCGAUCCAUGGGAAGUCCUUCGCGAAGCGCCUUUUCUUGUUGUACGAUAUAUCGAGAUCGUGGAAACACUA